AGUACCCCAGAUAAAGAGAGAACUAUCUGUAAUGCCACCACCACAAAUGCCAAUGUCAAUACCUAUGCCGUUUGAUACCCAAGUUUUCACUGAUUUUGAUCUCGAUUUUCUUCAAAAUGAAAAUUUGUUAGAACAGAUCAAUUUCCCUCCUGGUGCUGAACUUGAUCAUAUUGAAGGAUUCUUUCAAUAGCGUUUAGGAUAGAUAUAUAUGUAUACCAAUUAAUUACAUUUAAUGAACUUUUCAGAAUCACGUGCGAAGAUUUUAAGAUUUUAAAAAAUUAUUUUGUAGCACUAUAAACAUGGUAGAUCUAAUGAAUCUUACUCUUCAUCAACUUUAGCCAUAUGAUUCGGUUUCAACCCUUUCAGAGAGCUUCGUUCAGAAGGACGAGCAUUCUCUUAAAGAGAGCAAGUCUAGACCAUCCUCAUUUUAAAUUUCAGAGGUCAUAUAGUCAAGAGAAGAUCAAAGUCAAACCGCAAUCAAGAUAUACUUUCUUUAAGGUCGGUAUAGCUAUAGGCCUUGCAGGUUCAGUCUUAUACUAUACCAACGAUAGAGCUCGACACAUAGUAUUGACAGGAGAAAGAGUGGGUGUUGUGAGUGUUGCAGUGGUGAGAUGUUUUUUAUUAUAUAAAAAUACUCUUGGAACUAAAUUUAAUACUGAAGAUGAAAGGCAAAAAGCUUUGAAAGAGACCCAUAAAUCGGCAGCUGAGGUUACUUUAAAAGCUCUUGAACAUAAUGGUGGUAUUUAUAUUAAGUUAGGCCAACAUAUAACCGCUUUAACAUACCUUUUACCAAAAGAAUGGACUGAUACAAUGUUACCACUUCAAGAUAAAUGUCCAAGAUCAUCAAUGGAAGAUAUAGAAAAGUUAUUUGAAUCAGAUCUAGGUGUGUCAAUGCAUGAUUUGUUUAGCGAAUUUAAUCCAUCUCCAGUAGGUGUUGCUUCCUUAGCUCAAGUUCAUCUUGCCAGACUUAGAGAAACUGGAGAAGAAGUUGCUGUCAAGGUUCAACAUCCCUCAUUGCAGGAGUUUGUUCCAUUAGAUGUCUAUUUGACGAAAUCUGUAUUUAACUUGAUGUACAAGUUCUUUCCUGAUUAUCCCUUAACGUGGUUAGGUGAAGAAAUGCAAAGUUCGAUCUAUGUUGAGCUUGAUUUUACAUGCGAGGCUGAAAACGCUCGUAAAACCGCAGAAUACUUUAAGAAUCAUCAGAAGAGGACGGCAUUAAAGGUACCAGACGUUAUAUCUGCUCAACCACGUAUCUUAAUCAUGGAAAGUUGUCCUGGUGCUCGUUUGGAUAACUUAGAAUAUAUGAAAGAACAUAAUAUAUCUACAUCCGACGUUUCUUCUUGUUUGUCUCAUAUUUUCAAUGAUAUGAUUUUCACACCAGGAGUUGGACUUCAUUGUGAUCCUCAUGGAGGAAAUUUAGCCAUUAGAAGUAUUCCAAAAUCAUCUAGUGGUCAUAAUUUCGAAAUCAUUUUAUAUGAUCAUGGUUUAUAUAGAGAUAUUCCAAUGCAGAUGAAGCGUGAUUACUCCCGUUUUUGGUUAGCAGUUUUGGAUAAUGAUGUUGCAAAUAUGAGAAAAUACGCUGAUAAGUUUGCCGGAAUCAAAGGUGAGCAAAAGUUUCAAAUAUUUGCUGCUGCUAUUACUGGAAGAGCCCCCGAGAAGGCAUUAAGUUAUGAUAUUAGUAGUGCUAGAUCUGAAGAUGAGAUCCUGUCCAUGCAACAUAGAUUACAUUCUGAAGAAGGUAUCUUAGAAGAUUUGAUGACCAUUUUAAGUUCCAUGCCUCGUAUAGUGUUAUUAAUCUUGAAGACCAAUGACUUGACAAGAAACCUUGAUGAAGGAUUAAGUAAUCCAUUAGGAUCGGAAAGGACUUUCCUUAUUUUGGCUAACUACUGUGCAAAAUCUGUUUACGAUGAAAACAAUGAAACCAUAGGCAAACAAUACCUGAGAUAUUCGUUAUUUGGAUUGUUUAACCAUGUUAACAAUUGGAUCUCAUAUCAAAGAAGAUUGAGUACAUUAUUUAUCUACGAUUUUAUUAUGGCGAUAAGAAACGUGAGACAAAGAUUCUUAUUAUAAUAUUUAAAAUUUAUCUAUUCCCUGUAUAUAUUUAUAAAAAAUUAUUCCUAUUUGAAGAGCUUAAC